GUCAGAGCAUCGAAAAUGUCACAGCAUCGCAAGUGUCACAGCGUCGCAAGUGUCACAGCGUCGCAAGUGUCACAGCAUCGCAAGUGUCACAGCAUCGCAAGUGUCACAGCGUCGCAAGUGUCAGAGCAUCGCAAGUGUCACAGCAUCGCAAGUGUCAGAGCAUCGCAAGUGUCACAGCAUCGCAAGUGUCACAGCGUCGCAAGUGUCACAACGUCGCAAAUGUCACAGUGUCGCAAGUGUCACAGCAUCGCAAGUGUCACAGCACCCCAAGUAUCACAGCAUCGCAAGUGUCAGAACAUCGCAACUGACAUAGUAUCUUACUUAAGUGUCAGUCAGUGUGCCUCUACUACAAGUUGCUGUGCGCACCCCGUGGGCUCGCUGUCGGACUUCAACCACGUGUCCUCCAACGUGGGUUAUGUUGUGCUCGGGCUGGUAUUCAUGGCGCAGGUGCACAGGCGGCGCGGGCUGCCACAGGUGAGAUACAUGGGUUAAGAGGGGACAAAAACUAACAUUUUAUUAUGACACGUCAAAAGUCGGUAUGGAAGGUUAAAAACAAAACUUAUUUAGAAGGGUUAAAAGAUGACAAAAGUUGGUAUAAGAGGUACUACGGUGACAAAAAGUAGCAUAGGAGUGUCAAAACUGUCUAAAAAUGACUAGUGUCAUCUUAAAAGGUCUCAAACAGCACUAUAAGUAUCAUAACUGUCACUAAAAAGAUAAGUGUCAUAACUGUCACUAAAAGAUAAGUGUCAUAACUGUCACUAAAAAGAUAAGUGUCAUAACUGUCACUAAAAAGAUAAGUGUCGUAACUGUCACUAAAAUGAUAAGUGUCAUAACUGUCACUAAAAAGAUAAGUGUCAUAACUGUCACUAAAAAGAUAAGUGUCAUAACUGUCACUAAAAAGAUAAGUGUCAUAACUGUCACUAAAAAGAUAAGUGUCAUAACUGUCACUAAAAAGAUAAGUGUCAUAACUGUCACUAAAAAGAUAAGUGUCAUAACUGUCACUAAAAAGAUAAGUGUCAUAACUGUCACUAAAAAGAUAAGUGUCAUAACUGUCACUAAAAAGAUAAGUGUCAUAACUGUCACUAAAAAGAUAAGUGUCAUAACUGUCACUAAAAAGAUAAGUGUCAUAACUGUCACUAAAAAGAUAAGUGUCAUAACUGUCACUAAAAAGAUAAGUGUCAUAACUGUCACUAAAAAGAUAAGUGUCAUAACUGUCACUAAAAAGAUAAGUGUCAUAACUGUCACUAAAAAGAUAAGUGUCAUAACUGUCACUAAAAAGAUAAGUGUCAUAACUGUCACUAAAAAGAUAAGUGUCAUAACUGUCACUAAAAAGAUAAGUGUCAUAACUGUCACUAAAAAGAUAAGUGUCAUAACUGUCACUAAAAAGAUAAGUGUCAUAACUGUCACUAAAAAGAUAAGUGUCAUAACUGUCACUAAAAAGAUAAGUGUCAUAACUGUCACUAAAAAGAUAAGU